GGCGCCUUUGCCCAGCUCGCCCAGCUGCGGGGGGAGAGCGGCGGUGAGCACCGGGGACACCCCCCGUACACCCACCCCGCCCUCUCUCCCGCCGUGCCUACCUGGUCAGCGCCCGAGCCCGAGCUCCAGCGCUGCUGCUGCAGCACCAGGGCCCCGCGCAGGCCGCCCCGCGCCGCUGCCGCCGCCGCCAUCGCCCGCUGCCCUUGGAGCGCCGCACGGACGGGACCCGCCCCCCGCCGCGUCACGGCGGGCGCCUGCGCAGCCGCUACCACCGCCGCCGCCGCCGCUUUCUCCCUCCCCGGCUGCGGCUCCCGGUCCGCAGCGCACAGAGCGCACCCGGGCGGCGGGAGCUCCCCCCUUCCCCGGGCAGGGCCGGGGCCGCUCCGUCCCCGCUCCGUCCCCUCAGGACGCGCCGCGGGUCGUGGAGGGGGUGGGUGAGGAGGGCGGGGCCUAAUAGCGCUUCGCCGUCGUCACGUGCCGAGGGCCGCCCGCUGCUUUCCUUUCCCUUACUGGCUUCAGCGCCGUGGUCACGUGGUGCUGGCAAUGGCGGCGGCGGCGGGGGAGCCCGGGGCGGGCGGCGCGGCGGAGGAGGCGUUCCUCACCUUCUACAGCGAGGUAAAGCAGAUUGAAAAACGAGACUCAGUUUUAACAUCCAAAAACCAAAUCGACAGGCUCACCCGACCUGGAUCUUCCUAUUUCAACCUGAACCCUUUUGAGGUACUGCAGAUGGAUCCUGAAGCCACAGAUGAAGAGAUAAAGAAAAGAUUCCGGCAGUUGUCAAUAUUGGUGCAUCCAGACAAAAACCAAGAUGAUGCAGAUAGAGCCCAGAAGGCGUUUGAAGCUGUAGAUAAAGCGUACAAGUUGCUGCUGGAUCAGGAGCAGAAGAAAAGAGCCUUGGAUGUGAUCCAGGCAGGAAAAGAAUAUGUGGAACACACUGUGAAAGAAAAAAAGAAGCAGUUGAAGAAGGAUGGAAAACCAGCCACUGUAGAAGAGGAUGAUCCUGAAGUUUUCAAACAAGCUGUAUACAAGCAGACAAUGAAGCUCUUUGCUGAACUGGAAAUUAAGAGGAAAGAAAGAGAAGCGAAAGAAAUGCAUGAAAGGAAGCGGCAGAGGGAAGAGGAAAUAGAGGCACAAGAGAAAGCUAAACGAGAGCGAGAAUGGCAGAAGAACUUUGAGGAAAGUCGGGAUGGGCGUGUGGACAGCUGGAGGAAUUUCCAGGCAAAUACAAAGGGGAAGAAAGAAAAGAAAAACAGGACCUUCCUGAGACCUCCCAAAGUAAAAAUGGAGCAGCGGGAAUGAUCCUGGCACUGCCCAGGCGCAGCUCCUCAAUCCCCUCCCUGCUUUUAAGGACUCAUUGGCACCUAGAGUAAGAAUUGCUUUUCAGUUGACUGUUUGGUUUCAGUAUAAUUAUUGGUCGAAGUAUUUUUUGUACUCUGUCCAUUUGAACUAGGGCCAUAGUAGGAACUCGGCCAGGACCCCGCUACAUGUAGAACACUUGGCUUAGGAGGUCCCCACCAUUAUUGCUGUCCUGUUUGUCUGCUGCCCUCUAACUCGAUGUUUUGUACUUCACACAGAUUGUGUGUUUCACCACUUCCGUUUCUAGUUUGAGAGCUGAACAAAGCACUGGAAAUGCAUCCGUGCCUUUCCAGGCAUCAUCUUUCUCAGCAAGUUCAGCUUCGGAAAGGUCCGAACUGACUCUGGGAAUCUGCUUCCAGCACUAUGCAGUGCAUCUAACCUGCAGUUCCAGUCCUGCAGCUCCUCACUGAACUGGGUGGUGCUUGGAAAGACACCCCCCCACCACCCCAAGGUCUGAUUUCCAACCUAAAAUCCCAGCUCUCAGGCUUAGUCUUCUGUUAAUCUCAGGCCAGCUGGUCCCUUCCUGUAAAGGAAAAAUAACUUCUCUUGAUUCAUAGUUCAGUUGCAAUGGUCUGUAUGUAAAAUAAAUUUUUACCCAAGUUA